AUGGUGUCAGACUAUCCCGGGUUUGCCCUGCUGCGCAUGCCCAGGGCCCCUCCAUAUCAAACGCCCAGCAUCGCCAAGCACUGCCUGAAUCUCGCCCAUGACAGUGGGAAGUCUGCUGCGGGCCAGAAACUGAGCACUGCCCUGAGCUACUGCUUUUUCGACACCGACGACAUGAUUGUGGCCCUGUCUGGCAAGAGCAUCGCCGACAUCUUCAGGGAGGAAGGGGAGGAGGCAUUUCGCACCACCGAAACGGCCGUGAUACAGGGUGCUGAUGAGCAGGGUGACGCUCUGCAGGCCGCGGUUGCCAAGCUGGACGGCCUCAUGAAGGCAAGACAGGCCCUGUAUGAGCAGGCAGACAUCGUGAUUCCCCUCGACAGCCCCUGCUCCAGCUCAGGAGCCUCGCUGGAGGAGGUGGUCUGGCGCAUGCUGUGCGCACUGAGGGACAGAUUGCGCAAUGACGCCACCAGCAAGCCCACUCCGCCCCUGCAACAGGUGUGGGGCUCUCCGAGAUGCAAGGGGUGUGUUGCAGUCUCCCUGGGGCUUAGUGAACGAAAGCUAGCUUGCCCCUGUACGAGGCAGUCGAUGAACCCCUAA